AUGGACUCCUCAUCUGUCCAGCAGGAUGUUCUCUUGGAGAAUAGAGGCAGUAAUGGGGCCCCUAGCAGCUCUGAAGAAUUUCUGGAUUGUAAAGCCAAGUCAGAUUUGCCAGUUGCAACAGAUGAAAUUAACACUACCAGUAUUAACAUCAAUGAAGUGCCAAAUGAAGAGGGAAGUUUGGAGAUAAACAGUAAGGUGGAUGCCUGCCAGAAUGGGCCAGAGUCACUCUUCCCUGUAUCUUUUGACCCCACCAGCAAUGCACAGGGUCAAGAGUCGUCCCCAGGUGUGACUGGUUUCCAUGACAGCCUAAGGAAGUCUCAGGGAACUAGUGCUGAGGGCAUAGUUCUUAGAAAAGAAGCUUUGCAGUCUCUCAAACUAAGUCUUCCCAUGCAAGAAACUGAAUUGUGCUCAGUAGAGUCUUCACUCCCAUUGGAGAAAGAAGAACAAAUAAGACUUCAAGCAAGAAGAAGGCUAGAAGAACAGCUCAAACAAUACAGAGUGAAGAGACAUCAAGAAAGAUCUAAUCAGUCUACAUCCAAAAACCGGCCCUCCAGCACCCUAGAUCCUGAGCUGAUGUUAAAUCCAGAAAUCUUGCCAAGAGCUAGCACUGUAGCAAUGACAAAAGAAUACUCCUUUGUGCGGACCAUUGUCCCCAGGGGGCCAAAACUGGGUAGCCUGGGACUUCCAGCAUCCUCAAAAGAGAGAAGAAGUUCAAAAUCUAAGCCCGGUAAGAUCCGGUCCUUGGCUGACUACAGAACUGAAGAUCCAGGCUCUAGAAAUGGGAAUUUUGUGGCUACUGAUCUGUCUGGUGGGACUCUGAAGCAAAGCAGAAGCGGUCCAGCAUCAGUUGUUUCUGAGAUUAGUCUGCCCUCUGACACGGACGAUAGAAUAGAGAGUUCCUCCUUGGCAGGAGACAGCGUUUCAGAGAUUGAUGGGAGUGAAGCGGGAAUGAGGCUGGAUGGAAAUGAGAGUGACAGCUCUACCUACAGCAGCGUGUCAGGAAAAGGGCUGUAUAACAGUUUACAGAAUGCAGAAGGCAAACAGGGUAUUCCGUAUACAAUAAACGGUCAGAAGAUACAUCCUGAUGCAAUGGGGCAAUUUCCUUCCAUCAGUGAGGUGCUACAGGCUGCAGCAGUGGAGCAUCAAGCCCAAGAGCAAGAAGUUAAUGGGGAAGUACGGAGCAGGAGAGACAGUAUUUCUAGCAGUGUUUCUAUGGAAAGCUCUAUCACGGGAACUCAUGACGAAAUGUUGCAGGUUCUGAAGGAGAAGAUGAGACUUGAAGGGCAACUAGAAGCACUCUCACUAGAAGCUAAUCAGGCUCUCAAAGAGAAGACUGAGCUACAAGCCCAACUUGCAGCUUUGAACAUGAAGCUUCAGGCGCAGAUGGAACACAGCCAAAACAGCCAGCAGAAGCAGGAAUCUCUGAGCUCAGAAGUGGCCACAUUAAAGCAGUCUUGCUGGGAUCUGGAACGAGCAAUGGCUGACCUGCAAAAUACGUUGGAAGCAAAGAAUGCUAGUUUGGCUUCUUCAAAUAAUGAUUUGCAGUUAGCAGAGGAGCAGUACCAAAGACUCCUGCUGUAGGUUGAAGAUAUGCAAAAAAAUGUUCUCACCAGAGACAGCACAGUUCAUGAUCUGCGACAGCAGUUGGCUUCCUUACAGAAUCAGCUUCAGAAGGUGCAGUUGGAACGCACCACACUGACCAAUAAGCUAAAGGCGUCUGAAACAGAAAUCACAUCGCUCCAGAAUGUGCGGCAGUGGUACCAGCAGCAGCUUGUACUAGCACAGGAGGCCCGUGUCAGGCUGCAGAGUGAGAUGGCCAAUAUACAGGCUCGGCAAAUGACCCAAGCAGGUAUGUUGGAACAUCUCAAGCUAGAGAAUGUGUCACUGUCUCAGCAGCUGACUGAAACCCAGCACAGAUCCAUUAAAGAAAAGGAACGUAUUGCAGCACAGCUGCAAAAUAUUGAGGCUGACAUGUUAGAUCAAGAAGCUGCCUUCAUGCAAAUCCAGGAGGCUAAAACCAUGGUGGAAGAAGACUUGCAGAGAAAGCUAGAGGAGUUUGAGGAUGAAAAAGAACAGCUUCAGAAAAUGGCUGAUUCUGCAGUAACAUUGGAGCAAGAAUUGGAACAGGUCAAGUUGACUUUGCAUCAGCGAGAUCUGCAGCUUGAAUCUUUACAGCAAGAGCACCUAGACCUAAUGAAGCAAUUCACUCUGACCCAAGAGACAUUGCACACCAAAGAGCAGUCCCUGGAUGACCUGCAAACACAGUAUGAUGAACUGAAGGCCAGAUUAGAAGAGUUCCAAAGUGAUGCUACUUCUAAAGAUGACAUGAUCCAGUAUUUGCAGAAUGAGAAGAUUGUCUUGGAAGUAGCUCUGCAGGCAGCAAAAGCAAGCAAAGAGCAACUUGAGGAAGGAGCAGUGCGCCUUGGAGAAGGUACAGAAGUAGCAUCAGAAAUCUUGGAACAACUCAGGCAAGAAAUGGCAAUCAAGUCAAGCCAGGUAGAAAAUCUGCAACAAGAAAAUGCCAGCCUUAAAAAACAGGUUCAAAAAGUGAAGGAACAGUUCCUGCAGCAGAAGGUAAUGGUGGAAGCUUAUCGAAGAGAUGCAAGUUCAAAAGACCAGCUGAUUAGCGAACUGAAAGCUACAAAGAAGCGGCUGGACUCAGAAGUGAAAGAGUUAAAACGAGAGCUAUUGAAAAUUCAAGUUGAAAAACAGUCCCUUGAAUCUGAACAUUCAAAGCUACAGAAGGAAGUAUCUCAGGUUCACCAGCAGAUGGUGGAAAUAGAAAAUCAUCUUCAGUCAGUGCAGAAAGAAAGAGACGAUAUGGAAACGCGCCUACAGUCUUUGCAGUUUGAUAAGGAACAAAUGGUAUCUCUUGCUGAGGCAAAUCAGGCAUUGAAACAACAAGUAGAACAAAUGCAAGAAGAAGCAAAAAAGGCCAUUACUGAGCAGAAACAGAAAAUGAAGCGUCUUGGGUCAGAUCUGACAAGUGCUCAGAAAGAGAUGAAAGCAAAACAUAAAGCCUAUGAGAAUGCAGUUGGCAUUCUUAGUCGUCGGUUACAGGAAUCUCUUGCUGCAAAGGAAUCUGCUGAAGCAGAGUUGAGCAAACUAAAAGCACAAAUCACUGAUGGUGGAAACAAUCAGAUUGCUCAAGAAAGGAUUCAAGCUCUGGAAACAGAAUUGCAAGCUGUUAGCAGCAGUAAGUUGAUGCUGGAAAAAGAGCUGCAAGAAGUGAUUUCACUUACCAGCCAGGAGCUUGAAGAAUACAGAGAGAAAGUGCUGGAACUUGAGGAUGAGCUUCAGGAGUCUAGAGGCUUCAGGAGGAAGAUAAAACGUUUAGAAGAAAUUAAUAAGAAGUUGGCCCUUGAACUGGAGCAUGAACGAGGAAAACUUACAGGUCUUAGUCAGUCCAAUGCCGCUUUGCGGGAGCACAACAAUAUCCUAGAAACAGCAUUAGCAAAAAGAGAGGCAGACUUGGUACAACUGAAUCUACAGGUUCAGGCAGUCCUAAAGCGGAAAGAAGAGGAGGAUCAGCAAAUGCAACAACUUAUUCAAGCUUUACAGGCUUCCUUAGAGAAAGAAAAGUCAAAAGUUAGAGACCUUAAGAAGCAGGAAGCAGCAGCCAAAGCAGAUGCAGCACAUAACCGCCGUCAUUACAGAGCUGCUGUGCUUGAGCUCGGUGAAAUCAAGAAAGAGCUACAUGCCAAAGAACUACUUGUCCAAGCCCUUCAGGCUGAAGUGGACAAACUGCAGGUAGAGGAUGAAAAACACUCCCAGGAGGUAUCACAGUUUCAGCAAGAGCUGGCAGAAGCCAGGUCUCAGCUCCAACUUCUGCAGAAAAACCUGGAUGACAAACUUAGUGAACAGCCUGUAGUAAGCCAAGAGGUGGAAGACCUCAAGUGGGAAGUAGAACAAAAAGAAAGAGAAAUUGAAACACUUAAGCAGCAGUUGGAUAUGAGUGAACAGCGCAGCCACAAGGAGUUAGAAGGGAUACAAGUUGUCUUGCAGAAUCUCAAGACUGAGUUGGAAGUGGUGAGGGAAGACCUGUCAGUGACUCAGAAGGAUAAGUUUAUGCUGCAGGCUAAAGUGACUGAACUGAAGAACAGCAUGAAGUCGCUGCUGCAGCAGAACCAGCAACUAAAGUUGGACCUGAAGCAUGGCAAGAUGAAGAAGAGGAAGGAAUUGAAAGGAGAAAACAACUCGUCAAAUCCCGUGACUCCAGUCAAGAUUCCUGAUUGUCCAGUGCCUGCUGCCUUGCUGGAAGAACUGUUGAAACCAUCGACAGCUGUGAGCAAGGAGCCUUUAAAAAAUCUGAACAGCUGUCUCCGGCAAUUAAAGCAAGAAAUGGACAGCCUUCAGCGUCAGAUGGAGGAACACACUAUUACAGUACAUGAAUCAAUGUCUUCGUGGACUCAGAUUGAGGGGCAGCUAAUGGACCUUACCUCUGCCAGUCCUGCAACUGCAUCAGACCAGCAGGAGAUUAAUCCUGCUGUAGAUGAGAAGAAACAGAAUUGUAGUGUUAGUGACAAGGAAGCUUUGACACUAUAACCUCCUUAUCAGUUGUCUUUCUUCCUAUUGCUUUAAGUAUGUAAACAAAUCUUUAUCAAAAUUAUUUAUUUAUUUCAUUUUAAAAAGCAGUGUUCAGAGUUGUGCUUUUGCCUUGUAGAAGCAAAGGGCAUGGUCUUGAGAAACUGGUGUAAUAUUAAAUGCAGAACAUGCUAUUCCAAGGGUUUGUUUGAAACCUUACCAUAAUAAUUCUGUCAUGUUGGGGACUGCCAAGUGGUAAAUCUGGCUCAU